AUGGUACCAGGAGAUGGAGCGUCUAAACCCUCCAGAGCAUCUAUCGUUGACGGGAAGAAACUUGGCCAUGGGGAUCCUGUGCAGACGUCGGUGUUUUUACAUUCAAUUGGGCCCGAGGCUCUUGAUGUUUAUAACACCUUCGUUUUCGGCCCUGAAGAAAGCAAAGAUAAGCUGGAAGACGUGACGAAAAAGUUUGAAGAAUACUUCAUUCCAAAACGAAACGUGACAUACGAAAUACAUUGCUUCUUCAUGAGAAAUCAAUUGCAGGGAGAAGCAAUAGACCAGUAUGUUACUGAGUUGCGUACAUUAGAGAAGACGUGUGAAUUUGGAGUGAUCAGUGAGUCAUUGGUUAAAGACAGGUUAGUUUGUGGAGUUCUGGAGUCAAGAUUGAGAGAGAGGUUGUUGAGAGAGAUGGACUUGACGUUAGAGAAAGCAGUGGCGAUAUGCAACGCAUCAGAACUGUCCCAGUUUCAGUUGAAAGAGUUGGAAAGUGGAUCCACCAGUACAGCAGGCGACCUAGAUGCUGUUAGGAAAGAAAGUAAAAGGACAGGAGACUGGCAAUUCAUACGAGAUUGUCCUAAGUGUGGAAGGAAUCAUCCAGAGAGGAGAUGCCCUGCCUUCACAAGAAAUUGUUUAAAGUGUGGACUACGCGGACAUUUUGCAAGUAAGUGCAAGGCUAAUGAAGCACAAGUGCAGGAAAUGAUGAUGCAAGAAGAACAGCCUGCUGAAAUGUUUAUUAGUGCUCUAGGUGGCUCAAAGUCGGAUGUGUGGUCUAUGUCUCUGAGAACUAACGGCAUUAUGGUAAACUUUAAACUAGACACAGGAGCUCAAGUUAAUGUCCUGCUUCGGAGUGUUUAUUGUAGACUGACAUCUAAACCAGUACUGGAACCGGCUAAAAUUAGAUUAAUGCCACAUGGGUUAUCUAGACCACUGCCAGUAGAUGGACAAUGCUUGUGUCAGGGACUAAGUGCAUGUCAAAAUCUAGGACUGGUCAAACGAAUUGCUGAAGUAGAUAGAAAUGACAAUCAGAUUGUAAAGGACGUAGUUUUGAAAGAUUAUUCUACUGUGUUUGGUACUCCAGGACUUCUAAGGGAUCAUGUCUAUCAAAUUCGAUUGAAAGAAGGUGCUGUUCCAUAUUCAGUUUUUGCUCCUAGACGUGUGAAGCUUCCGUUGCUGCCAAAAUUGAGAAUUGAAUUAGAGAGAAUGCAGAAGAUGGGGAUUAUUCAAGAAGUGGUUGAACCGAAAGAUUGGAUUGCACCUAUGGUGCCAGUUCUUAAGAAGAAUGGUCAAAUAAGAGUGUGUAUUGACUUCAGUGAGCUCAACAAGUCUAUAAGACAUGAACGAUUCCAAAUUCCUGUGGCUGAGGAGAUUUUUGCUAAGAUGCACGGUUCUAAGUGUUUUACAACUCUGGGUGCUGAAUCAGGAUUUUGGCAGAUUCCUUUAAAUGAAAGCAGCUCGUUGCUAACAACGUUUAUUACACCAUUUGGACGUUUCCGAUGUCUGAGAUUGCCAUUUGGCAUUACCUCUGGUCCUGAAAUUUUUCAGAGAGUGAUGAGGCAGAUUUUGGCAGGGAUAGAUGGCUGUGAUUGUUUUAUUGAAAGAAGAGCACGAUCAACGAUUGAGGCGGGUUUUAGAGAAAUGUAA